AUUACGUUGCGCACAUCAAUUGAGUAAAUCCUACUAUUUUUGCGUACAAUACGCACAAUUACCUCUCCUAAAGAGGGUUUUCUGCAAUUAUGGCAUCGGUCGCCAAAAAGAGAAAAAUGAAUUUCUCGGAAAGAGAGGUGGAAAUUAUAGUAGAAGAAAUAGAGAAACAAAAGCACACACUGGUUAACCACUUCAAUGCUGGAGUCACCCACAUGGCAAAGAAUAACGCGUGGGUGGACAUCCUGAAAAAGGUGAACGCUGUCACUACCUGUCCCAGAGAGUUGCCCGAGGUGAAAAAGAAGUGGUCGGACAUGAAGACGGAGGUCCGGCGGAAAGUGGCCCAGGCGCGGGCAGCGAUAGAGGCGACGUCCGCCGACUGCACUCCAGUUCCCGUCAUCCUCACUGCCAUGCAGCAGAGGAUCUGUAACCUCCUGGGGGAGGCCACCAUCAUCAGUUUACCGGCUGGAGACUCGGAUGCUGAGAUAACUUUACCUGUCACGGUCAACACGGCCACCACCGUCACACUCACAGAGGCUCUUCCAGCUGGUCCAGGGACAGUCUGUGAUGAGGUCAAACCGCUGAAUGCUGAAACAACGUACCACACCCUGGAGGAUGGAGGCGUGGUGGAGUACUGCACCACCACUGUGAGCGACUCCACUUCCACUGUGGUGGCUGCUGUUGAGGCUCCGGUGGAGAUGCUGGCCUCGUCCUCCGCUUCUCCACCUCCACCUCAGAGUCAGGCCAAACCCCAGGAGCUGAAGAGUCGCAUCGCCCUCAACUCUGCCCGCUUGCUGCAGGAGCAGAGAGUUACCAACGUCCACAUCCGGCAGAUUGCCCAGCACCUCGAGGGCCAGAACGAGCUGCUACAGAUGAUGCGGCGUUCCCAGGAAGCCCAGGCGUUUGCCCAGGAAAGGCAGGCCCAGGCCCUGGAGGGGACCCAGGCUGCCCUGCUGGCAUUAGUGCAGAUGCUCAGACCAGCCCUCAAAGACCUGCGCAAAUUCCUGCAGAGCGGGACUGAGGUGGCAAACCCCAGCAGCUCAGUAGCAGGAGCAACGGCUGAGGUUGCAGGAACAGAGGAGCAGAGCAGGCCCAAAACACCACCACCUCCUCCACAGCAAGCUGAGGAGACGCAAUAGACACUGUAUGUGUGAGUGUGUGUGAGUGUGUGUGUGAGUGUGUGUGUGUGCGUGUGUGUGUGGACCAUGUACACAGACUUCAGAGAACCGUGAAAAACUUGUCAAGAGAUGCCUUAGGAGAACAUGUGUGUUUGAUGAUUUGGAACAACAAAAGCAGUGAAAAGGGUAUUUUGAGAGCAUUUUUUUUACUGUCUGGCAGUAAAAUUAUGUUAUUUAAUACAAUG